UUUUUAUAGGGUUGUGAUAUCUUGAGGAUUUUGCAUUUUGAAGUUUUUUUUGUACAAUGGAAAGUUCUGUAGCUGCAGAAAAUGAUAGUAAUCCCCCAGAGGAUAAUGUGAAGGAGAGGUGUUGGGACCAAAGAGAGGCGCUGCCGGAUGAGCCUCGAUGUGUCGUAUGUGGCCGCUAUGGUGAGUACAUUUGCGAUGAGACUGAUGAUGAUAUUUGUAGCUUGGAAUGCAAAGGUAUAUUGUUGUCGCGACUUGCAAAAUUGCGGAAACCAACUUCUCGUCCAUGUCCUGUGAAGUUACCAGCAACUGAUGAGUGCUAUUAUGUAAGGGAUAAUGAUAAAUCUGAAGUGAAUCCACUAACAACUGACCAGACUGAACUUCUGAGAAGGAAACUUGAUAUUCUUGUGAAGGGAGAUACCACACCGCCUCCCAUCUUGUCAUUUGCUUCUUGCAAGCUACCUCAGAAGCUUCUCGAGAAUAUUGAAGUUGCUGGUUAUGAAAUGCCAACUCCUGUUCAAAUGCAAGCAAUCCCUGCUGCUUUAGCACGGCAAAGCUUGCUUGUUUCAGCGGAGACUGGUUCUGGUAAAACUGGCUCUUUUCUAAUUCCUAUUGUUUCUCAGUGUGCAAAGUUCAAUGAAGAGCAUUUCCAAAACCAGCAACAACCAUUAGCUAUGGUUCUCACACCUACUAGAGAACUCUGCAUACAGGUAGAGGAUCAAGCUAAGGUUCUCGGGAAGGGUUUGCCAUUCAAAACUGCAUUGGUGGUAGGUGGUGAUGCCAUGGCAGGACAGCUCCACCGCAUCCAGCAGGGAGCAUCUUUAAUUGUGGGAACUCCUGGAAGGCUCAUUGACCUUUUGACGAAACACGAGAUUGAACUGGAUACUAUUUCAAUUCUUGUUCUUGAUGAAGUUGAUUGCAUGCUCCAAAGAGGUUUCCGUGAGCAGGUGAUGCAGAUUUUUACGGCUCUGUCUCAACCUCAAGUGUUAAUGUAUUCCGCUACAAUUCCUAAAGACGUAGAGAAGAUGGCAAGCUCAAUGGCGAAAAAAGUUACUGUCAUCUCUGUUGGGAAGCCAAAUAAACCUAAUCAGGCUGUCAAGCAGUUAGCUAUAUGGGUAGACUCGAAACGGAAGAAGCAAAAGCUUUUUGAUAUUUUGAUGAGCAAGCAGCAUUACAAGCCACCAGUUAUUGUAUUUGUGGAUUCUCGACUUGGAUCAGAUCUCCUUUCUGAAGCAAUAACAGUAAGCACUGGGCUAAAAGCAUUAUCAAUUCAUGGUGAGAAAUCCAUGAAGGAUAGGAGAGAAAUUGUAAGAUCAUUUCUAGUUGGAGAAAUUCCAGUUAUUGUUGCCACAGGAGUGUUGGGUCGAGGAAUCAAUCUGUUGACUGUGAAACAGGUUAUUGUGUUUGAUAUGCCAAAUUCCAUCAAGGAGUAUGUGCACCAGGUGGGAAGGGCAUCCAGAAUGGGGGAGGAAGGUACAUCAAUUGUCUUUGUGAAUGAAGAGAAUAAGAAAUUGUUUCCCCAGUUGGUUGAAGCUCUUAAAACAUCUGGUGCGGCAAUUCCCCGAGAGCUUGCUAAUUCACAGUAUUCUGUUGGCUCUUUCUCUGCUGGCAGAGGUCAGAAAAAACGAAAACAUGGUUUCUGAAGAUGUUGCUCCCCUUCCUCUUCCUUAACAUUAAGCUCCCUAUGCUAAGAAUUAAGAAGAUACAUUUUCUCUAAAGCUCUUCUCUACUGCAAAUGACCUGCCAUUACCUCCAACUGCUUCUUGGACCUGGCGGUCAAACUUUAUUGCUUAGACAUUUGCCCUCCUUUGAUGUUCACUAGUUCUCUCACAGGAAGCUGGACUCUGUCAGACACACGGACACACAGUAUGUAGGACCGUAUACUGUGUAGUGUGCAUAUUUUAUACGUAAUGAUUCUUCUAGUGCUAAAAGGAGAUUCUUCUCGUUUGAAAAGAUCUGGUGAACUGAGAACCAGCACUGGAUUCGCUUCUCAAAGCUGAAGCACCUAUGGCUUGCAAUGUUGAGGGAAUGCUGCAGUUGCUAUUCUUUCUUGAGUUGUUUGCGUCAGUCUUAAAAGUCAAAAAAGGCAUAUAAAGUUUUGGCGAUGCUUGGCGGUGUCUGCAGCUGGACUGGUAAGCAUUCACCCACCUUAGUCAUUAACUGAUCAUUGAAAGUUUGCUUGUCUAGCAUAGAAUCCAUAACGGUUUUUGUUAUAUCGAUAUUAUUCACCAUUUUUUUGUUGACGGGCUUUUCCUCAACCAGUACAUCCCGUUCUAUCCACGACUUUGCACAGUUUGCAUCACAGGGUACGGAUGCCUUUGCGGUUUUUGGAUUAAAAGAAUCCUGAUAAGACAAGACGCCAGAGGUGCUUAAUUGUGCGGGUUAACCAGCAGAUUGUAAAUCUCAGAUAAAUGAACCAAGUUACCAACUCUUUUGAUGCUAGGAAGAGGCUUUCUGUUUGAUCCCUUACAAGAAGCAGCAGCAUAAUAAAACAUGUCUCACCAUUUAUCCAUCGGUGGAUGAAGAAUCGCGAACAUAAUAAUUUCUGGUUGACCAUGUUUUCAGAAAAAAGAUACGCACGACUGAAGUGGCUAUACAUACAAAAUCUAUAUGCUUUGAUUGGAACUGAAGGUUCCAGAACAGAUGGCUGGUAUACCGCAAUAAUCAAACUUUCUUUUAUUUUUUUAAUUCGGAUCGGAUUUAUGUUGGCUUUGUUGGGAGGCUCGCGUAGUUUGUUACGUCAGCUCCAAAAGGAUAAGUUGCGUUGGAACUGAUAAAGUUCCGUGGAGUU